GCUCCCCCAACCCUCUCCCCUGGCUGCUAAUGAGCAGAGGAGGCUUUGAGGUGACCAGGGCUAGGGUGGGGGGGCUCCCUGAGGGUGGCGGAGGGGGCAGCUGCUGCCAAGGCCCUAAUGAGGCCCCCUCUGUGCCCCUCCCGCCGCGAUCUUAAUUCCCAGUUCUCCCUGGAGCCACUGCUAAUUGGCCUGGGGGAGGGGCCCCCCUCCUGGCUCUCGCUCUGCCCCCGGGGCCCCCACUCCCGCGCGUCUUUUAACCCCUUCCCCGCCGCAACCAUGUCCAACAACAUGGCCAAGAUUGCCGAGGCCCGCAAGACGGUGGAACAGCUGAAGCUGGAGGUGAACAUCGACCGCAUGAAGGUGUCGCAGGCAGCAGCGGAACUCCUGGCUUUCUGCGAGACGCAUGCCAAAGAUGACCCGCUGGUGACGCCAGUACCCGCCGCGGAGAACCCCUUCCGCGACAAGCGCCUCUUUUGUGUUCUGCUCUGAGCCCUCCGGACAGCUUACCCUCCCCUGCCAAAGUAUGGAUCCAAUAAACUUGGUAACUGUGGUGGUGCCUGUGCUUUCAGGGAGACUGAGGCACGCACAGAGCUUGGGGCCAC